GCCGCGGGUGAGCGAACCUGAGUCCGGGGAGUGGGCGGGGGUUGCAGCGUUCCCACUGCCGGAUCCCUCCCACCCGUUUCCAGCAGGUGCGGUGCGGGCCAGGAGCCCCCGCCUCCCUGCCCCUUGGAGACCGGCCGGAGCCCGGGCCGCUGUGGUCCGCCCCGCCUCUGCAGUGAGUCGGUGGUGCGCACCGCGUGGUCCCGGUUUUGUCUCGCAGUUUGGACCUCACACCUUGUAUCCUCGGAUUCCUUCUCUCCCGAUCUUUGGCCAGCAUCCCAGCGACCGUUAAGUGCGCCCAUCCUGUUUACACUUAGAGUCACAGAAAAGGAAGGUAGGAGGAACCUAGAAGAGGAACCUCCCCAGCUUUCUUUAUAUAAAGUGCAAAUCAGAGAGACUAAAUCUGAGGACAUAAAUUCGUGGGAUGUCAAGGUUUCCAACAAACAUCUGGACAUUUAGAAAGGUGUAAAAAGCAACUAAUCAAGGCUGUUCUAAAUCUGUAUAUCUGAAAUGCAUGAAACCUGUAUAACAAAUACAAAUUUUUAAAAAUAACUUACCAUAUUGUUUAAAAUAAAGACUAUUUAAAGCAUCUUUUAUUACUGUAUGCACUUAUUCUAAAUGUCAGUUUUAUUCCAUUUAGUUAUCCUUUAUUUUAGGACUAAAUGAAAAUAAAUGCCCUACCAGAUCUCACUGUUUCUUCUGAAAUCCCUAAAACAAAUUGACAGCUUUUCCUUUCGUCUUUGUUUUCAGUCCAUUCUUAAGUCUUUUCUGUAUUUCCUGAAUCUAGUAAAUUAACCUGGAAGCAGGUGUUCAAAGGUGAUGCUUCCCAGAGUUUGCACUUGUUUGUGGUGCAGUUUUUGUUGAUAAUGAUGACUUGUCCCUCAGGUCCACCUAGGAAGACGCUUUGCGGGGAGGUCUUACUUGAAGCCCGGAUAGAGCUUUGGCACCGCUGUGAUGGCAUCUACUUGGGAUAGCCAGUCCCGUAAGGAACGGGAUGAGGUUUUGGAAGUAAAGAUAGAGGAGGAGGAAGAGAAGUAUAAGCACACUACCAGACAGGACUGGAGCCUGCAGGACACCACCCCUAACAGAGAGGUUUUCCGGUGGGACUUCAGGCACUUCUGCUACCAGGAAACUUCUGGACCUCGUGAGGCUCUGGACCGCCUCCGGGAACUUUGCCGUCAGUGGUUGAGGCCAGAGACGCACACCACGGAGCAGAUCCUGGAGCUGCUGGUGCUGGAGCAGUUCCUGGCCAUCCUGCCAGAGGAGCUGCGAGCCUGGGUGAGGCAGCACCACCCAGAGAGCGGGGAGGAGGCGGUGACGGUGCUGGAGGAUUUGGAGCGAGAGCUGGAUGAGCCGGGAUGCCAGGUCUUAGUCCACACUGAGAAACAGGAAAUGUCCUUGCAAGAGAUGGUACCACUAGGAACAGAACCAGAACCCGGUAUAUUCCUCCAGUCCACAAAAGCCCAAAUAAAGUGUGAAUCACCAGACCAUGAAGCCCAACAGGAGCAAGUUUCAGAUGUUGAGGCUGGAAAUGAGUACAGGAAUUUAAAGCAAGAAGUUGCAGAAGAAAUGGAAUCACGUGGGACUAUAUGCAGAAGAUUUGAGAAUGAUACACCCCAGGCUGCCGAAGGUGGAGCUACCCAUGAACCUAAAGGAAAAACAGAAUCUUAUCAGUACUCCAGGCAAGAGAAACCACCUGCAUGUGAUGAAAAUGGAGUGAGUCUGACUGCAAACACGGAGCACACCGAACACCAGAGACUCUGUCCCGGAGCAAACUCCCAUGAAUGUGAUAACCGUGGAAAAGCUUUUAGUCAGCACUCACGCCUUACAGAACAUCAGAGAACCCAUACUGGAGACAGGCCCUACAAGUGUGAAGAAUGUGGAAAGACUUUCCGUGGGAGAACUGUGCUUAUUCGACACAAAAUAAUAUACACUGGAGAGAAACCAUAUAAAUGCAAUGAGUGUGGCAAAGCCUUUGGCCGCUGGUCCGCUCUUAAUCAACAUCAGAGACUUCACACAGGAGAGAAACACUACCAUUGUAAUGAGUGUGGCAAAGCCUUUAGCCAAAAAGCAGGCCUCUUUCACCAUCUUAAGAUCCACACGUGAGACAAACCUUAUCAGUGUACCCAGUGUGAUAAGAGUUUUAGUCGGCAUUCCAUACUUCUUCAGCACCAGGGAAUGCACACCGGGGCGAAGCCCUUUGAGUGCAAUGACUGUGGGAAGGCUUUUGUUUACAGCUCCUCCCUGGUUUCCCAUCAGGAGAUCCACCAUAAAGAAAAAUGCUAUCAGUGCAAAGAAUGUGGGAAAGCCUUCAGCCACAGUGGCCUUAUUCAGCAUCAGCGAAUCCACAUUGGGGAGAAACCUUACAAGUGUGACGUGUGUGAAAAAGCCUUUAUUCAAAGAACAAGUCUUAUUGAACACCAGCGGACUCACACUGGAGAGAGACCCUAUAAAUGUGACAGAUGUGGGAAGGCCUUUACUCAAAGGUCAGUCCUCACGGAGCAUCAGAGAAUCCACACUGGAGAGAGGCCCUACACGUGUGAUGAGUGUGGGAAUGCCUUCCGGGGAAUCACCAGCCUCAUUCAGCAUCAGCGGAUCCACACGGGGGAGAAACCCUACCAAUGUGAUGAGUGCGGCAAAGCCUUCAGACAGAGGUCAGAUCUUAGUAAACAUCAGAGAACCCAUAAUAGAGGUGGUCCCUAUACAUGUAAUAAGUGUGGGGAAUUGUUCAGGCAGAACUCAGUUCUUAUUCAACAUCAGACUCUCCACAAAGGAGAAAAAUCAGUUUCUGUGUGAUGACUCUAGGGAAGCUCCCUCACCAGCAGGCUGGUGAGGAAGACCAGCUUUGUCAUGAUUUGGGGCAAAACUUCAGUCACUAUUGCUCUAGGGAACCAUCCAAUCUUUAAACAGGAACCCACUGUAUAAUGUCCAUUAUGUUAGGCACUGUGGAAAACAAGACGCAUUAACAUCCGAUUUCUUUUCUCAGUUUACAAUCUAGUUUGAGAUUGCUACAUGCACAUAUUUAGUUAAAUAAGACUACAGGAUGGUAGAGUUGAUGCUCAGUGUGGCAUAGAAAGUGACACUUGACAGACAAUAAGUGCUAUAAAUUCUGUAGAACAGAUUAUUUUGCCUAGUGUGAUCAGUUUUUUACUGACAAGGAUUUGAUGGGAAGAUGUGGAAAGCAAAAGGGAUAAAACAUUAAGGUCAAACAAGUACAAGCAGAAGUCAGAAUGCGUGUAAUCUGGAAGCAGUCAUGACAAAAUUAAGAGAGUUCAUUCAAAUUGGGCAGUUGAUGGUCUUAAGUUGGAAACAUCUUGGAGAUAGACUGUGAGAGGACUGGAAUGCCAGUAAUUUCAUUUAAUACUUUAGAGCAUUUUGACAACUAGGACUUUUCUCAUUCAAUUUAUAAAGGACCUCUGUAACCAAAAUUAUUUCCCAUUUUAAAGAUGAAGAGCCUCUUGUUCAUGGAGAUGGUGUGUCAUAGCUAUGUUAGCUGUGAUACUACACAGCUUACAUGCAGUUUUAUAUGACUUCUAGUUCUGUCUGUUACUCUAGAGCCUCGCCAGUUUUGAUGGACGUCAGGAUCACCUGGGGAGCUGUUGCAACCACCCGAGUCCCACUCACAGAUACUCUGCUUCACUGGGCCUAGGAUGGACUUGACAAUGUUCAUUUUUAUAGCUCAGGACCACCUGAUAUAUUCUAAAAUUUCAGAGACAUUCUGUUGAAUCACAGAUGCCUUCAUGGUUGCCUGUGAACUGAAGAAGCUGAACACAGCCCUUAGAAACAAGAGUCCACUGUAGAUUUUUAGCACAAGGAACACAUGCCCCCAGUUCUUGAGGGUGAAUUGGAAAUGAGAUACCACCAUGCCCAGAACUAGGGUUUCACAUGGUCUUUCCAUCUAUUCAGACUUAAAUGUUUCUACCUUGCAUGAUAAGGUCCACAAUUUCAGGGACUACCUUCCCACCCCAGUCUAACACAGGUUCUCCCCUCAGUUUGAAGUAGCGCUACAGAGACAAAAGGGAAGGAGGAGAAAGGAAAUGAAGGGUAAUUCAAAUUCUUCUUCAGUCCCACUGCUAAUUUCCUUUUCUGCCCAGGCCUGUGUCUUUGUUGCAUCUUCUUCCCACACAUGUUAACAUACACUUUUCCCAUUUCCCUAGUGCCCCUGUCUCUUGCCCCUCUAUCCAUAGCCCCAACACAAUAUCAUCACUGGGUUGGAAUUAGAAGAGUUCUUAAUCAUAUAGAAUACGUGUGUUCCUAGCUCUGCAAGUUAUAAAUAUGAACACAUUUUUCUCAUAGAAAUGAUAGUGGUAGUACUAUGAUAUAGCAUUUAUUGUCAAAUUUGCCUUUGGGGUUGGAAUUUACAUGAACCAAUUCUGUAUAGCAAAACAUUCUUAAGUUUGUCACAGGAAGAAUCAAAUGAACAGUUAAAACACACAUUCAGGGGCCAGCACUGUGGCAUAGCUGGUAAAGCUGCUGCCUGCACUGCCUCUGUCCUAUAUGGGUACUAGUUUUGAGUCCCGGCUGCUCCACUUCCAAUCCACCUCUCCUCUAUGGUCUGGGAAAGCAGUAAAAGCUCAUUGGGCUCCUGCACCCAUGUGGGAGACCUGGAAGAAGCUUCUGGUUCCUGGCUUCGGAUCAGCCCAGCUCCAGCCCUUGCAGCCAUUUGGGGAAAGAACCAGCGGAUGGAGGACCUCUUUCUUUCUCUCUCUGCCUCUCUGUAACUCUGCCUUUCAUAAAUCUUUUUUUUUUAAAUUCAUAAAUCUAGGACAGUUUAUUUAGGAUCUCAUAAACACCAACAUUGGAGGUUACACAUAUACAGCACUAGGAAAAAAAUAUACCCCAGAGUGAGCCCAAGUGUUGUGUAGCUGUAAUUAUAUAAGACCUAUUCCUCCUGAAGCUUACCCUGCCUCCCAUCUCUCUCUCUCUCUCUCUCUCUCUCUCAUCUUCUUGUUUUAUUUGAAAGACAAAGUUACAUAGAGAGGAAGACAGACAGAGAAAGAUUUCUGUUUACUGGUUCACCCUCCAAACGGCUGCUACAGCCCAGGCUGGGCUGACUGAAGCCAAAAGCCUGGAGCUUCUUCCACGUGGGUAGAGGGGUCAAGCACUUGGACCAUCUUCCACUGCUUCUCCAGGCAUAUUAGCAGGGAGCUGGAUCAGAAGUGGAGAAGCCAGGUCUUGAACCAACACCCAUAUAGGAUGCCAGUGUCACAGGCAGAGGCUUAACCUGCUACGCCACACCACCAGCCCCCCAUUUCUGACUUUUGUACAGACUCUAUUGGAGAGGAUUUACUUAGUGACAACCCCCUUUAUGAGAAUGUCCUUGUCACCAAUCCAAUGCUGUCCAUACUCAUCUAACAUGAUUUCGCAGCUUUAUAACAAAACUGAAAUUACUCGAUUAAUCUGCUCGUUGAAAUGUAACGCUUGUUUUUUAAAACUUGAUUUCUGCUCCUCUUGAUGCCUUUACUUGAAGUGUUUUCAGUUCAUUUUCUACUUAACGUGUUCUGUCUCUGCACACAUGUUGCUCCAUUUGCCUUUCUGUAUGCUAGUUAAUUUAACUCUUCAGUAUUUAAUACAAUAAAGGGGCCAUAAACAAAGACCUAGAACAGAGGACUAUGCCUAUUAUAUAGAAAGUUACAGUUCGUAAUUUGUUUAAAAAUAAAUGAGUAUUUGUUCUAGUUGUUUCUUGAGCUUAAAUGUAGUCACACUACCUAAGGGGGAAAAUCAGUGAGGGACAUGGAAUUUUCAAAGGCUAUUAAGUUAUUUAUAUGGGAUAAAGAAAAUAUGGUGGAGUACGCUAACUAAUUGGAACUAAAUUGCCAUUACAGAAAUAUUUGAAGUCCCUGAAGGGCAAGUAGAGAAUAUGGCAGAUGUUAGAGAAUGGUGGUGUUACGUUGGGAAGCACAGUAAACAGAAUGCUUUGUGAUGAAAUCAAACAUCUUAAUGGAUAAAAGACGUGUGGCGUGACAGUGCUGGAACCUAAGAAAUCAGAGACCUUUGAAGCUCCUUGUGUUCAUGGAUUUUGAACUCACCAGCAGCUGGAGGCAGAACAGUGAGGACAAAUAGGAAAGUAAAGCAGAUCUGAGGUGGAAGCAAUGGCGGUCGUAGUACUGAGUGUUGUAGACACAAACGGUGAAUCAUGAAGCAGUGGUUUACAAGUGAGGAUGAGAAGAAGACGGACCUGCUUUUCUAACUGACCCACGUUAACCAAAACAGUGUAUGUAUAAUGAGAGCACCGGGAGACAGCAGGGAAAAGCCACGUUUCUAAAGCAAUAAAAAGUAACGUGAGCUUAGACAUGACCUGUGGAAGAAAAAAUAGCCCAACAAUCCAGACAGCACAGGAGAAAGGUGUUGCAAUGGAAAAAAGAUGGGGCCAUGUACCCCACCCCCCAAAAAAGGACUGAAGAGGAUGCUGGAAAUUGAAGUAUGAGAGAAAGAACGAUAAUGGAAUUAAGCCAGGCUCUGAUCUGAUAGAUCUCAACUACACAGUGAGGACGAAGGUGGGUGGCACCAAGAAAAACGAACUAAAAAUGCUCCACACUCCUGUACUCAGAAGAGAAGCUAUCUCUGUAGGAAGACAACUCAGUAGGUUAUUGAUUGUAGGGUGUUACAGUCAAAACCAUCCGCCAUUUUUAUUGGCCAUCUUUUGGAACUGAGAAAAGGAUUUACUAACAAUAAUACUUUACACCUGUUAACAUCCCUAAGUACUUUAUGUUUUUUUCACUUUCAGCUAGAGAAAUUGAAAUCAAUGAAUUAAACUGCUCAAGGUAACAAUAUGUGGUGGGACCCCCCGUUUUUUUAAGAUUUAUUUAUUUGAAAGAGUUAUAGAGAGAAGCAGAGACAGAGAAGGAUCUUCCAGCUGCUGGCUCACUCCCCAGAUGGCUGCAACACCCAGGAGCUUCUUCCAGGCUCCUGCGUGCGUGGCAGGGGCCCAAACACUUGGGCCAUUUUCCACUGCUUUUCCCAGACCAUUAGCAGAAGUGGAGCAAACUGCGACACAAAGGGGCGGGAUCAAAGCUCCCAUUCAGCUCUGCUUUUACUUUCUUGCCUUGGGAACUGCUGAACAGUGGCCGGCAGGGGAUAAACAUCACCUAAACUGGAACAGAGAAAUUAUUCUUACCUCCACCCCGUUAGUUACCAGAGAUAACGAGCGGACUAUGGUUCCCAAUUUUUAGCUUCGGAGCGGAUCUUGGGAAAUUCUGUUCGAAAGGACGAUGCUAGUGGGGUCUUCAGCGCCCCAGCCUGCUAGAUUAGACCCGUGGAGUUAGCUGGCUGCACAGCCCGAACCUGUGCGGCUCGGCACGGCGGGUGCAGCCGGGCAACCACAGAGAGGAGAAAACCCUCCAGCAUCCUAAAGAAGCCCGAAUGCUGAGGCGGCCGCUGACCGCGGCGCGCCUGAGAGCGGCCUCUGUGACGUAUUUCUGGAGGUGCUGGUGGCCUGGUUCCUGGUCUCCAGGUUCGAACGCAGUGCCCAGCCCGGCCCUUUAGGGACUUGGGGGAGGUUAGACUGCCUGGUAGAAUGUGAUCGAGGACUGGGAAUGUUAAAGAAUGGCUUCCACGUUUUGAGGCAUCAGGAUCCUGAACUGUUGAGAAGAGGAGGAAAGUCGGGAUUACCAAUCCGGUAAAAGGGAAGCCAGGUUCGUUCGGGGGAAAUGAUGUGAUGUCCAAGAUCAACGCUUGGAAACGACGGCAGACUCCUCCCACCAGUUGCGUGAUUUUGAGCAGAUUAUUUAAUCUAUUUAAAUGACUAAACUCAUAGUAUAUUCAAAAUAAAUUUUUGCUAUUGUUUUCUCACUUAUGAUUUUUUUUGGUCUACUGUUUAUAUGGGAUUUUCUCAAGGAGAGAACCAAAGAUCUUGGUUGCUAUCCAACUUGUUAACAUUUAGGAAGUACAAUACUAGCAGAAGGUAUCGCAGUGUCACUCCCGAGCUCUCCUCUAACUUAACUUUCUGACGGAGUACCAUUUUCUUUCAGUGCAUUGUCCAGGUAAGUGAAUUCUUGGCUAAAAGUGCUAAAUAAAAUUUACAGUUUCUGUUAACACUGUUAUUUUAUGCCUCAGGAAGAAGACUAGCUACAAGGAAAUGCUUAUGAAAAAGCAGUGUGAACCCCAGGCUGGAGUGAAUCUUCUCCUGAGUUCUCUCAUUCCAGAAUGGCAAUCCUCUUGCAGGAAUGAUCUCUAAUAGUGAAUGAGGAUACAGGAAGAGAGCUGAACCUGGAGCCAGGAGUGAGACUCGCAAAGAAAUCACAGAUCUUUCUUCAAGCUUUUAAGUUGUCACUCUCAGGUGAUAGAUGCACUGACCUCAGCAGGUUGUCCAGAGACCCAGGGAGCUCUGCCUGCAGUUACUGAGACCAGAAAUACGCACCCAGGAGCAGGUGCAGACCUAGGUAGGGGAACGUCAUCCAGAAUGUGCAAAGGAGGUGUUGAUUGUGCUGGAAAGGUGGACGACACAGCCUGAAUGAAGGACAAACCACAGGUGGGAAAGGUCAGGAGGAUCCCUAUGACUCCACUAGUGAAAGUCGUUGGGAACAGCACACACACACACAAAACGUGAACCCUUAAGAUCAACUAAAUGCCUUUGGGGCCCUUAUGGGCUUUAAUUUCCUCUGUUAUUCAUGUGCACCUCUGUAACUUUCUAGAUUCAGUUUUUUUUUUGUUUGUACUCGCGUGUACUUGGGUGUUUUUCCUUGAGGUUUUAGCUUCAAAUUCAGUUUUCAAGACCAAUUUCAACCUAUUGCUAAAGGACAGAACAAGAUUUCCUUACGGCAGACAGAGUACCUUCGAAUCAAAGGUUUCAGAUCAGAAACUAAGAUCCUAUCAUAGUUUGGCUCUCAGCAUUGCCUUUUGAUAGAGAAGGCCGAUGAGGAAGAUCCCUGGAGAGAAGGAGAGGAGAGCCUCCUGGGGGAAGCUUACAGAGCUCUUAGUAGUGCCCUCUCCCUCGAAACCUUGCCUUCACCCACCUCCUCAUACACUACUGAUUCCGGCAGUAAAAACCUUCAGCCAUUUUUGUAGGUUUUUAGUGUUUUGGCCUGGUUGACUUCUUUAGCUUCAGAGCGUUGCUUUCUCCUUGGGUUUUAUGAAUGAACAUGACCUGGAAAAGUUGUUCCCUGUAAGUUUUCCACAUUGCUUGAUUUCUUCACAUCAAAUUAGUAUGUAUUUUGAAACUGGUUUAGUUAUUUCAGGUUAACUUUUAUUAUCUUCCACUGUUUAUUGAUCCUUUCAACAAAUAUUUAUUGAACAUUAUGUAGGUCUAGUAGUAUCCUAGAUAUAUAUCAUAAGUAUUCUUUUUUUAAGGAUUUAUUUAUUUUGAAAGUCAGAGUUUUAUAUAUAUAUAUAUAUAGAGAGAGAGAGAGAGAGAGAGAGACAGACAGACAGACAGACAGACAGAAAAAGCUCUUCCAUCCCCUGGUUCACUCCCCAGAUGGCCACAAUGGCCAGUGCUGGGCCAGGCUGAAGCCUGGAGCCAGUGCUUCAUUUGGGUUUCCUACAUGGAUGGCAGGAGGCAAAACACUUGGGCCAUUUGCUGCUGCUUUUCCCAGACCAUUAGCAGGGAGCUGGAUCAGAAGUGGAGCAGCCAACAUGAACCAUUGCCCACAGGGGAUGCCGGCAUCACAGGGGGCAGCUUUACCCACUGUGCCACAAUGCUGGCUCUGCAAGUAUUCCUUUUAACUUAGCAAAUUAAACUUAUUUCAUUAUAUUAUUUGUUUGUCAGCUCUGAAUUCAAACUGAGCUCCUCUUCUUUGAUUCUGCCUUCCUGAUCUGCCGCAUUUUGUGAGAAAAUCUUCCAAGUCCUUCCAUUCUCUUUCUGCCCCUCUAUCUCUUUUUCUCACUUAGACUGCACCCAUACAUGCCUUCUUGGGUACUUCACAAACUGAGAUGCCAACUCAGAGACUUUAGCAAAGCAUGCACUUUAGGUUUUUAUUUUUACUGUGUUUCUGAAGUCUUAUUAUCUCAGAAGAGGAAACUGACAUUUGAAUUGUCUGCAAUUUUUUUUUCUAAUGGUGUAACUGAAAAAUGAAAAUAAGAACAUGGCUGCAACACAAAAAAGUUCUAAAGAUGAUGAAUCAUGUAUGGAGAAUCUCUAUAAAAAUUGCAAUAUCAGUGCAGUAGGUAGAAUGAAAAUUUUAAUUACUAGUGGGUCAUUAGUUAGCAUCCUGAGGAGAACCUGAGAUCAGCAAGUGUUGAGACUUUUGUUUAUAAUGGGUCUGUCUUUUCCUAUCAGAGAAUCUACCACAAGGAAAAGAAAAGCUAUCAGUAUAUGGAAAGUAGGAAAGAGUUCAACCAUUGUGGCGUUGCUUGACAUCAAAGAAUCCACGAGAGAGAGAGAGACUGGUAAAUGAGAUAUGAGGAGGCCUUCAUUCAACAAGGAGGUCUUCUGGAACCUUGUGUUAAUGUCAGACCUCACUGUGCUCCAGAGCAUGCACAGGAGAGAACUCCAAAAAACAGGUAAAUGUGCAGUGCUUUCCCAGGACUCGCCAACUAUAUUUCGCAUUGAAAAUGUUACACUGAGGAGAAAGCUUGCCAGUGUGCUAAGUGUGGGAAAGGCUGCAGACAGAGACUGGGCCCUGGGAAACACCAGUGAUGAUACAUUAGGGAAGCUCCUAUAGAUGAGAGGAUUGUGAGAAAUUAUAAGGACAGAGGUCAAACUUCAACAGUCUUCACAAUGCUGAAAAGUUAAAAUAAUUAAUGUAAAUAGGCGAAAUAGAGGGGGAGGGAUAUUCUGAAUUGCCCAUUUUAACCAAUAAAAAUGUUAAGUGGGGCCUGGCACUGUGGCGGAGCGGAUAAAGCCACUGCCUGCAGUGCCGGCAUCCCAUAUGGGCAACAGUUCAAAUCCUGGUUGCUCCACUUCUGAUCCAGCUCUCUGCUGUGGCCUGGGAAAGCAGUAGAAGGUGGCCCCAAGUCCUUGGGUCCCUGCAUCCACGUGGGACCCAGAAGAAGCUCCUGGCUCCUGGCUUCGGAUUGGCACAGCUCCAGUCGUUGUGGCCAUCUGGGGAGAGAACCAGUGGAUGGAAAACCUCUUUCUCCCUCUCUGCCACUGCCUCUGCCUCUCUGUGACUUUGCCUUUCAAAUAAAUAAAUAAUUUUUAAAAAAAUUAAGUGAUUGCUCAGCUCAAAAAAAGAAAAGGUCAGGAGUUAUUUUUCACUUCCUAAAGAGUUGUAUAUGUAAGCAACCAGGACUUUUGAGAUAAGCUGUUUACCAGCAUCCCUGUCUUCUAUAUUAUUAUCUGUGGGUUGGAGAACAUGUUAUUUCCCUUGUGCCUGCACCAGCCAUAAAGCUUGUUUUUUUGUUUGUUUGCUUUUGUUUUUGUUUUGACAGGCAGAGUUAGUGAGAGAGAGAGAGAGAGAGAGAGAGAGAGAGAAAGAUCUUCCUUCUGUUGGUUCACCCCCCCCCAAAAUGGCCGCUAUGGCCAGUAGGCUGUGCCGAUCCAAAGCCAGGAGCCAGGUGCUUCUCCUGGUCUCCCAUGAGGGUGCAGGGCCCAAGGACUUGGGCCAUCCUCCACUGUGUUCCUGGGCCACAGCAGAGAGCUGGACUGGAAGAGGAGCAACCAGGACCGAAGCCGGGACUAGAACCCGGGGUACUGGUACCGCAGGCGGAGGAUUAGCCUAGUGAGCCGCAGCACCCACCUCCAUAAAGCUUUAAUUCAACAAGUAUAGACUGUAUUAUUAUUAUUAUUAUAUUAUUAUUACCAUCUACUCUUGUGCACACUAGUGGUCUUCAAAAAGUUCAUGAGCAAUACAUAUUAGGAAAAUAUGCAUGGAUUUCAAAAUUUUUUUGCACCAAAACAAGCACAUGUUUUAAUUCCAGUUUUCCAUGAGCUUUUUGAAGUCCUCUCACAUACAGUAUUUUAUUGAUAGGCUAAAGAGCCUUGAAUGAGCACCCUAGGACACAUAAAAAAAAUCACACACAUAACGAUUUAGUGAAUUAGUUUUUAAAAAUCCCAUCAGUGCAUUGCUGGGCACUUGCAUAUUUGGGACUGCCUCUGUGUUCUCCAACAGAAGGCCGUGUAGGUGUCCUUCAGAGAUUAUAUUUCUUUUAGCUUUGGUUUGUUUUUUACAAUAGAAAAACACUUUACAUCUAGCACGUUGACAAAUAUGUUUCCUUCUAGAAAAUGCAAAUUUAACAUUGUGGAAGCUAGUACUUUAAGAAACUUUUUUUUUCCUUUUCCUUUUCCAUUUUAAAAACUACAGGCAACAAGAUGGGAAAAUCUUUAGAAAGCAUCCUCCUGCAUGUUGGUAAGAGUCCACUCUGUACCCAUCCAUAGAAUAAGGACGCUUAUGUAUUUUAUAGUAGGUCACUAACUGUAGAAACUAUGUAUUUUGAAACUUUGCAGUGAUUAUUUCAGAAUUGUGGUUUUUAACCUAUUGUAUGUCCUUCAGUUUUUUAUAUAGGCAUACAGUCAGUAUUUUAAAAGGUACACUGUAUUCUGUAUAAGGCUUUUCCAUUAUCUACAGAAACCACGUUGUUUUUCCUUAACUCUGUAUUUAUAUAAAAGGAUUUCCUAAUGUCACACCAACCUUGUAUUCCUGGAAUAAAUCUCACUUAGUCA